GAAUGUUAGUAAACAGACAGACGCCUCAACUUGACUCUCUCUCCCUCUCUCUCUCUCUCUCUCCUUCCUUCAUUUAUGGCGCCGAUAUUAAGUUGAAACUGAAAAAUAUUAAUUCACUUGCACAUAUAAACGAUGUCAGUUGAACCUCCUACCCAUGAAGAGAUCCAAAUAGAUGAUGAAGUAGAAGAAAUUGAUGAUGAGGAAGAGGAUGAGGAGGAGGUUGAUGAGGAAGAAGAUGUAGAUGAAGAGGAGGAGGAAGAAGAAAUAGAGGAAGUGACUCAUGGUAGGAGCACUGGCAGAGGCCUAACCUUGAAGACACUGGUGAAGGAAGGCAUCUUACAGCCUGGCGAGGGACUCAUGACCAUCAAUUACCUGGGUAACAAGUUUAAGGGUGACCUGUUACCCGAUGGGAGAAUUCGGUCACAAGAAACAAAUAAGAUCUUCGGUACACCCAGUGCAUGGGCCAUCUAUUGUAAGAAGAUUGUUAACCCAGACAAGAAAUCGGGUUGUGGAUGGGCGUCGGUACGAUACCGUGGAAAGAAAUUGGAUUCUUACAAGAACAACUGGUACAGGCAGAAGCAGCUUGAAUUUGAGAGGGAAGGUGAAGCAUUGGAUGAAGAAGAGAUGACUGACAGUGACAGUGACGGACCUCACGAGCAGGAGAUUGUUGAGUUUGAGUUAAUUGGCAACAGACAUCCCAACCAUGACAUGAACACAAUGGUCGAAUUAACUUCGUUCCAGUCUUUGGGACGAAUGCAACCCUUCACCGUUACUAUGUCGUCAUCGGCCAUGGCUAUGAUCGAUAUUCAUGCUCACCUGACUACAUCAGAAGUUGUAGGAUACUUGGCUGGACAGUGGGAUGUCACUAAUCACAUGCAAACAAGUGGUAACUGCCAUGCUUUUGUCAUAACUACAAACUUGAUAGUUUCUCAUGCGUUGCCAGUGCGGUGCCGUUUAGGUGAUGGAGAAAAAGGCCGAAUUGUUGAACAGGCAUUAUAUGCUGAGAUGGAAAAACUUAAUUUGUCCCUCGUCGGAUGGUAUCAUUCACACCCAUUCUCCCCACCUCUUCCCUCACUGCGUGAUAUAGAUUCACAGUUGGAGUACGAGUUGAAAAUGAAAGGCUCGAAUGAUGCAAGCUACACUCCAUGUAUUGGAAUCAUAAUUUCACCUUAUGUACGAGGUGGAGGCCAGGGGACAACCACGAGUGGAUUUUGGGUAAUGCCGCCACCAGAACAUAAGCCUCAGGAAUACGGACGACCCAUGAGCAUCCAGUUUACCAUAGUACAGGAUGCUUUCAUACCAAAGGAUGCACUCUGUCAUGUGCGUGACACUGUGAGAUAUUACAAGGACUGCCCUGAUAGUGUCAUCUUUACCGACAUAUUCCAGGAUCGCUUUACUUACUGGGACAAAUUAAAGACUGCUAUCCGAAUGUGUGUACCUAAGGACCAUUAUGCCCCACUGUUGGACUAUCUUGCCAAGCUUUUAGAACUAAAAAAUUAUGUACCUGAGCCAAUAGGACCUACCAGUAAACAAAAAUCUACCCCAGCACCAAAGUCACAGAUGUCAACAGAAAAUGAUCAAAAGGAAGCCACCAUUUCUACCAACGUAACCAGCUCAGUAAUUAAAAACAGAAUGUCUUUAGAGACUGGAGGUGGCAUUAUAAUUUCUGAUAUAAAUAUAGCCCUUGAUGCACUAAAGACUUCUUCUCAACCUCCUGUCAAAGUUGCCCCAGAAAAUUCAUUGUCUGAAUCUGUAUCAGGGUUGGAAAGUCAACCCCAAGUCCAGUCCAUGGAAGUUGCUGUGCCAGAAGCUGGGAAAUCUCCACAUCUUGAAUCACAACAAAGUCAGUCUGAUUCUAAACAGGUGCACUCACAGCAGGAAGAAUACCAGCAACCUGGAUACCAGCAGCGCAGUCCACCACCAUAUAAACAACCACAACAAGAACUUGUGUAUCAAGAGCAGAAACAAGACUCUGAAGGCCAACAAGACUUCAUCCAAGAGCAAGAGUAUGACCGUCAUCAACAACUACCCCAACAGCAGCAGCAAUACCAACAACAAAAGCAAUACCAGCAGCACAUUGAGGAAUAUCAAGGACAGCAGAAAUGUGAAGAGGAAAUAAUAGAAGAAUAUCGUGAACCUCCACCCAGUUAUCACCAACAGCAUUUUACAAUACCAACAGGAUACAUGCACGAGGAACCAAAGGCAGCACACUUAAUAGAAGACAGAGCACUGGGCCAAGAAACCCCACAGACAGAGGAGGAAAGCCAAACACCUCGUUACCAUGAGAACCUUGCACUAGACCCUUGGGGGUUGCACAGACCAAGUGAUCCACCUCAUCAAAGUGAAGCUAGAGAGGUUGAAGUUAUUCAGCCUAUGACUCUGGAUGACCAACCCUAAUAGAACCUGAUCAGUAUAAUCUUUUUGUAUAUGGCAGCUUUAGAUGUUAAGCUUUUCAGUGUUUUGUUUACAAACUUUAUGGAUGAUACCACAGGAAAAUUCAAUGUGAAAACAGGAAUAUCUCAUCUCAUGUCCAUAUCAAGCUUACCAAGAGGUCUGCAUUUCAUUUUUUAUCUAAACUACUGUAUAUAAAUUUUAUUUUUUUUAGAGUAAAUUAUGAAAAUAUUUAUUGUACUGUAUAAUAAUAAUAAUAAGUGAUGUGUAGACACAU